CACCUGCUCGCACUGAUCAUCUGGAGCUGAAGAAAGGCUGCUUUGACACCACAAACAUUUUGGCUAUAAAUCGAUUCGAGACAAGAGAUUUGGACUUAAAAAUGCCGACCCAGAAAGACAAGAGAAAAGAGUAUCUAACUGUGAAAGACCUGCAGAAGGUUUUGGACUCUUGUAAGCUGCACCUCAAUCAGAUUGAUGAAGUGUGGCCAAACAUCUACAUAGGAAAUGUGGCAGUAGCCCAAAACAAGGCUGCCCUGCUGAAAUUAGGUAUAACUCAUGUGUUAAACGCUGCUCACUCCAAGCGAGGCAGCAUAGGGAACCACAGCUUUUAUGGCAACGACUUUGUGUAUUUUGGCAUUCCAGCAGAUGACUCAACUCACUUUGAUCUGGAUGUUUACUUCCAGCCUGCAGCAGAUUUCAUUCACAAAGCUCUGAAGUCACCUGGUGGGAAGGUUCUGGUGCACUGCAUCAUGGGAAUGAGUCGCUCGUCGACCUUGGUGCUGGCCUACCUCAUGAUCUACCAUCACCUUCCGCUCAAACAGGCUUUGCAGAAGCUGAUCCAGAGGAGGGCCAUCUAUCCAAACAGGAAUUUCCUGGCUUUGCUGCUGGAUCUGGAUCUUCAGCUGACAAAGAAAAAGAAAUCGUGCCAGAUUCUGUAAUCCAGUCCGGAGGUGUUCAGACUUCUCACCCUCACAGCGGUAGGGUUCUUAGCAGCUUGUUGGCCCAGCGGUCCAAACUGGGAUGUUUCCAUAGAAAAGCUGCUGUCAACAAGUGACAGAAUGUUCACAAGACUUGGUUUAACAAGACAAAGUCAGUGGGGCGAAGGAGACUGUUUCUACCAGAAUGUUGUGCAGUAGCAUUGUCUUAGAUUUAAUUUUAUUGCAUUUACCUGAACCUAAUAUGUACAUGAGUUUGUGAUAAAGAUUCUGACCCAGUCAAGUUUCAUUUGCUGUUUUUUGCAACUCCUUUGAAGUCUGGAAUGAAUUUUCCACAAGCCUUUAAUUGCAGCACUCUGUUCAACCGCUUCAGGUCAGUUUUGACCCUGUGCCAUGAUACUGCCACCACUGUGCAACUGAAAUGGUGUUAGAAGAAAAUGCAGCAAAGAUUUUGGUAUUUUUAGAGCUGUCGUCUUACAGUUGUAGCUUUAGAUGCUUGACUGAAGGUCUAGAUGUGUGGCGUGAUAAUAUGUUUGGGUGUUUUUAUCUCAAAUGAACACCAAGCAUUGAGUUCUUUAUAAAACAUGUUAGUUAGGGCUCACAUGUGAUUCAUUUAGAGGCUGAAAAUGAGAAGAUAUUUCUUUAAAGACAGAUUGUUUAUGUCAUGGUUCACAUGGUAAUGUAAUUCAGUCAUUGUUGCCAAAGGAAGAUUUCUCAAUGACUUCCUAAAGAGAACAGAUGUGAAUGUGAAAGGAGACUUUACACCUGUUAGCUCAUUCAACAGCUUCAGUUAAUUUAAAUAAACACAUUUUCUGUUUUAUUUUUUCAGAAAAGGUAAAUUAAAGGUGUAUAAUGUGAGAACGAGGAAGGAGUGACAUGUGGUCAGAUGUAGGUACUGCAGCCUAUAUUUUGAAAACACACCAGUCACUUUUUCACUACUGUUCCAUGAGUUUUGUGGCCAGUUACGGAUCAGAACCAGAAGAUUCUAGAUGAGUGAAGAAGAGUCAGUUGGUAAGUAAACACAUGUCACUGUCAUAUCGAGUUGUUGGUAAUUGAAAAUGUAGCUUCAGGUAUUUUUAGAGCCAACUAUUUGCUUCUAACUCACCUUUAGCAUUGUUAGCAAUGUUAGCCUCUAGCCUGCUAAAGUAAAACAAAAACAUGCUGUGGCUUCUUAGGGGUACAAGAAAUAACUUUUGCGCCACUUAUGUUUACUGACUUUGGAUCUUUACAUAACGUUUCUGCGUUUUGCUGACUGGUGACGAAUUACAAAUGCCAGAGCUGUAGCGCUGACUCUGCGACCGACUCGGCUCACAUGUUGUAAACAAAGACUAUGGCCCUCUUUGACCUUUUUGAAAGGAGAAAAACUGACAACCCCCAUGCAGUCGGCUGAGAAGGAAAUCUGUUUAAAUGCAACCUUCCUUCUUUCCUUCAUGACAGAAAAAUUAGACUGUUUUGUGAUCAUUUCACUGUUAAAUCCUUACAUAUUGUACCUUUAACUGGAAACUGCUUGGCCAUGAUGAACUUACUUACUUACUGCAAAUCUUAAUAAAGCGUUAGACAAAGAUGAA